CUCAAGUCCAUCACGAGAAAAAAGAAUCAUAUCUGUCCUCUGUACUUUCAUCGCUGUCGACCGCAAGUUCAUUAUGCUGCUUGAAUAUUCGUCGAGAUAAUACUUUUGCGCCCACCGAACCAUCUCGGAGCUAUCUCCCAUCCCUGUCCUGUCCGCCUGAUCCCUAAUCUCCUCCGUCCGCCGCGUUUGCUGGGAGGUGUCUUUGUCCUGAUCGAAACCGCGCUUCAAACAGAGCACCCUCUACCGAUAGACAACUCAUCUCGGAACCGCGACUACGAGUCACUCCAUUCGAUGCGCGACAUAGGUUGCAUGGUUACCAGAUAAGAUCUCAGGGGAAGUGCAAACAUCCUGCUUGUUGGACGGACUCCGGAAAAUCGUCCAUGAUCAUGGGGUUCUUGCAGCGACUAUACAAGAGCUUGCCUUCGACCCCAGCGGUAGAAGACUGGAAGAAUGAAAAACCAAAAUCCGUGUCACGAUUAUCCUUUUUUCGCAGGCGAAUCAAGCUAAAAGGGAACUCCUCCAUAUCAAUACCCCUGGGCUUUCUAUUACUGUUCCCCAGUCUGGUGGUCAUAUUAAUUCUCAUCCUGGUGAUAAAACAUCCAAACUCACCUGGUCGCAUAUUGGUCCCAGCGGGGACUCCUCCAUCCAUAAGAAAAAUCAGCGAGAGACAUGAUAAAGUCUUCGCUACUGGAUGCUUGAAUCCGGAAGACGCUGCGAAACAGCCCCGAGCGAACGCAGCUUUUGUUGUUUUGGCCCGAAAUAAAGAGCUGGAGGGAGUGAUACAGUCGAUAAAAAGCAUUGAGCGACAUUUCAACCGAUGGUUCCAUUACCCCUAUGUUUUCCUGAAUGAUGGGGAAUUCGAACAGGAUUUCAAGGAUACCAUCACGAACUACACCAGCUCUCCCGUCGAGUUUGGAAAGAUUGAUAACACCAUGUGGGGAUAUCCAGACUGGGUCGAUCAUGAGGUUGCAAGAGAAGGAAUUCGCAAACAAGGAGACGCAGCGAUCAUGUACGGUGGGAUGGAGAGUUAUCACCACAUGUGCCGCUUCUACUCCGGUUUCUUCUACAAGCACGAGCUGCUGCAGAAGUAUGAGUGGUAUUGGCGUCUGGAACCGGAGAUCAAGUAUUUCUGCGACAUAACAUAUGACCCAUUCAUCGAGAUGGCCAGAGCCAACAAAACCUACGGCUUCACGAUUGCCGUCAAAGAAUUGAAGGAGACCGUACCCAACAUUUUCCGAUAUGCCUCCGCUUACAAGCGGAAGCACAACAUGAAGUCAAAGGGCCUUUGGGAGAUGUUCAUUGAACCUCAACCUGAAACCAAGGAUACGGUGGACGACAAAAGAGCAAAGACAUUGCCCAACGAGAUUCUCCAAACCGAACCUGGACAUCAAAACAUUGAAGACAUCGAUCCAGAAAACAUGGAGGGUGAGAAGUACAACAUGUGCCAUUUCUGGAGUAACUUCGAGAUAGCCAAGCUAGACUGGUUCCGGAGCAAGGAAUACAACGACUUCUUCGACAUGAUGGAUAGGAGUGGAGGGUUCUGGAUGGAGAGAUGGGGAGAUGCUCCCAUUCACUCCCUUGCAGCAGGCGCACUGUUAGCACCUCGCGACAUCCACUACUUCCGUGAUUUUGGCUACAGACACACCACUAUCCAACACUGUCCUGCAAAUGCACCAGCAAGACAGCUUCCGCAUAUUCCGUGGUACGAAAAAACCACCGAAGACGACAAGGAGCGAAAGGAAGAAGACGACUAUUGGGCGACACCAGAUACACCCAAAGAGAACGGAGUGGGUUGCCGAUGUCGAUGUGAUACAGAUAUCCGGGAUGUUGAAGGCAAGGAAGGCAGCUGUCUUGCGGAGUGGGUCGAAGUUGCUGGUGGUUGGGCGUCGCCCUAAAGGACAUUGCAAGUGCUAAAAGAGUUUUUCAAUGGCAGAGCGGGAUCUUUGACCUGACAGAGCAUCGCAUCUCGGCGUUUGGCGUCCUUGUUCCAGGCUACAGACAACAGUUUGGCGUACAGGAGGCAUGACCAGCGUCGGAUAACUGUGUGACGAUGUUGGAUUCAACCUUUGGAUUCAUGUAUGAACUAUUUGAUGGGUUCAAAAGAUCUCAGCGGCGUAAGGCCACCACUGCAGACAGUCCCGGGCUACAUGGAGCAAGUCAGCUACUGUGGGAAUACACGCAGCUGCUUGAACUGGAGGAGGAAUGGGGGGAUGAGAGCACUUGACGUCUACGAGCUGUGGGUCUACCUCUCGAUGCUGGACGACAAAAGUCGAGUCGGGGACCUCUUAUAAUAGGUCUCGAUGGUGAACGGCGCCAUCUAUACAGACCGCACUAUGAACUGUACAUUCGAAGUGUGUGAAUAUGAUAUACUUUUAU